AUGCCUAGUUUUUCACUUGGACGUGGUCUUGGUCUAACACAAGAGUUUCAAGAAGGAGAUGAAAGUAGUGAAGAUGAACAAGAGAAGAAAGAAAGAAAAGAUGAAAAUUUUGAUGAAGAAGAAAGUUAUGAUUCAGAAGAAACAGAAUGUGACAAUAAUAUCUUGGGAAUUGAAGAUCAUCACGUGGGAAGAAGAGAUGUAGGAAAAAGAUUAAAAAAACCAUCACUGAAGAGACACUUCAUAUUUGACAAAAAUAUCCCUUUCAUUGAAAGAUCUGAUAAAUUUGAGUCAAAUAUCAAAGAUGCAAUGAAAAAGGACAAAGAACUUCUGACAUUUGAAAAAGUUCACUUGGUGUUUUUCCCAGUUCAUCAAAAAAAUCACUUUUACAUCAUCUGCAUAAACUUAGAGGAACCAGCAGUUGAUGUCAUUGACAAUAGGAAUUCAGUUACAAAGUUUUCAAGAGCUUAUCGUGAUGCACCUAAUGAAUUGAAAAUACUUUUUAGUAGGUACUUGAUGAGGGUCAAUCACAAAUCAGCUUUAAUUUUGGAGGGUGUUGAACUAGAAAGGGUGAACAUGAAUUGGCGCACAAGGGAUAAUCAUGUUGACUAUGGAGUUUUUUGCAUGCGUCAUAUGGAGACAUAUAUGGGAGAUAAAACAUUAAAUUGGACAUGUGGGUUGCCAAAAGAAUCAAAACAGCAAUAA